AUUUAUAUCCAAUCAAAUAGUAGUAGGUGUGUACGGUGAAGUCGCCGAACAGACAUGGCGCCACAUGCUGAAAUGCCGCUGCUGUGACCAUAGACCGAAUGCUGUAACCUUAAUUGAUCAGCCUCUUCGUUGGACACAAUCUUAAAAGAGCAACAUGCAGGCUGCUAUGGAUAUCACGGCAAAGUAUUGCCACAAAGAAAUGGAGGAAUAUGGGUCAUGUGUGGCCUCCAACCCAUCAACAUGGCAGCACAAGUGUCAUGAACUGAAGAUGAAGGUCGCACAGUGCACAUCAUCACACCCUGUGAUCCAGAAAAUCAGACAAGACUGUUCCAAGGAGUUUGUGGAGUUUGAGCGCUGCCUGAGAGAAAACCAGGACCAACUUACCUCCUGCUCACCACACGUGGCUCGCUUUCUGGGCUGUGCCGAGAAAGUCGAUCUCAGUGAAGUGGCUACAAAUCCACCAGGUCAGACAUCAUAGCACUGAGACACCAGCAUUGGACCAACUUCAGAUAACACCUCAUCACAGUAACACAUAUGGGCUGGCAUCACAUGUCCCAGCCAUGUUAUUGAAUGUGCACUGACUGUUGGUACAUUUCCCUCUGUGUGAGUUAAUGUGUGUAUUUGUCCUCAACAAUUACAAAUUGGGGAUUGCUACAGCACUGUGAGUUAGAUGGGUAUUGGAGUAUAUUUAAUUACUGUAUCCUUUUACUGCUUGUAAAUGUUGUGUUCAUGUGAAAAUAACAUUUAUACUUUCCUAUAAGUGAGGACGUCUGGUGUGUUGGUUUUAUUGAAAAAUGUCAUUAAAAUUGACAUCAGACUUAUAUUA